AUGGAUCUAAACAACGACAUCGAAAUACAUACUGAAGUCAGCGAAAAAAGUAACAAAUGUGAUGCCUACAAUAGAUCCUUUAUUCAGUUAAGCAAUCUUAAACUCAACCGUAUGCGUAAAGCAUAUAAGAAGCCUUACAAAUGUGAUGUUUGUGGAAAAUAUUUUAGACGGCCCAGUGAUGUUGAUACUCAUAUGAGAUUACAUACUGGAGAAAAACCCUAUCAGUGUGAUGUUUGUGACACUUAUUUUUCCCACCAACAAUCACUUCAAAAUCACCAAUGUGAUGUUUGUGACAUGACCUUUAAAGAGUCAAGUUCUCUUAAACGUCACUUCAAAGUACACACUGGAGAAAAACCUCAUAGAUGUGCUUUAUGUGGAAAAUGUUUUCCACAACGCAGUUCACUACAAAUGCAUAUGCGAAUACAUACCGGGGAGAAACCUUGCAAAUGUGAUGUGUGUGGAAUGUGUUUUACAAAUCCAGAUACUUUGAAAUGUCACUCAAGAAUACAUUCAGGAGAGAAACCUUACAAAUGUGAUGUUUGCGAAAAAAGCUUUUCUCAACAAGAUGCACUGAAACGUCACUCAAGAAUACAUACAGGAGAAAAACCUUACAUAUGUGAUGUUUGUGGAAACCGUUUCAACCAAGGCAGCAUGUUGAAUGGACAUAAGGAAAUUCAUCAUAAAUCCUAA